CUGAGGGCUGAGCGAGCCUGUCUUGCAGGGCUCUGUGCUCAGCACAUACAGGUUUGUGUGGCUCAGUGUGGCUCUGCUUGCUGCAAAACCCCCACCAGUGCCAUCACUGACCCUGGGGACAGCAGGAGGAAUGAUGCACCCACUUUCUGCACCGAGAUUUGGGGGGGUCACUUUACAAUGCAAAAACAGCUGUUGGGUUUCCAAGAAUGAUGUUCAGCAGAAGCUGCUCAUUAUAGAAAGGAGAAGAUCCUGAAUAUCCCCAGCUAUUGGAAGGCUGGGAGGAAUUUGCUUUAGAUAAGUGCGAUGACAGGAACCCAGAAGCAGGGAUAAACUCUGCUGGUUCAUAGUGAUGUUGAUUUUGCAGCUGUAUCUGCCAAAGCCCUGGGCUGUGCCUGGCCGGCCGGCUCGUACUUGGCAGAUGCGCAUGCGUCUGUCGCAAUAACCAGAAGGAAAUGUUACUCAGCCCCACUUCCUCAAGGGUCUGUGGCAGAGAGGAAUCCGUGGUCCCACGGUGAGAGGCUGCGAGGAAGACUGUGAGGUGCUGUGUCUAGGAUAGAGUGCAGAGCAGAGACUUUGCUGGGCAGAGCAAGCAGCCAGGUGCCCAUCUGCUCUUCUGCACUUGAGUUGUCUCCUGACCCAUCUGUCUGCUGCUGAAAUGGAGUAUGUCUGGUAUUGGCUCGAUGAUUCCAAGCAAUGGAUUGAGUACGGGAAAGAGCACCCAGAUCACGUCACUGCCACUGUAACAUCUGCAUUUCUGGAGAAUGAAUAUCUAGCUGACAAGAAUGGUGUUAUUUUUUUCAGGGCUGGUUCUCAGAAGUAUAAGUUAGACUUUGCAGACAUGAUCCAAACAAAUCUGCUCUUUCAAACUCAAAGAAGUGUUAUUCGACUGCCUAAACAGCCUGAAGGUGGACAAGAUGGAAGCCAAAACAUGACUCUCUCGCAUCCUGUCUAUCCUCCACAGUGGGACAAAACUGCUCUACCUGAUAUCGGGUUCAAGUUGAUACAGCUCAGUUAUGAUUCCCAAGAAUAUAGAAAAAUCAAGAGUCUGUUUGAGAAGACAAUGAAAAAUUACUGCAUCAACCAACUGCAGAGGAUCCAGAACCCAACACUUUGGGACAUUUUUCAGUGGCAAAAAGAAAAGAUGAGGAAGCUCCAUCAAUUGAAAGCGGUAAAUGAGAGGCUCCUGUUCCAUGGCACAAGUCCAUCCCAUGUGUCUGCCAUCUGUGAGCAGAACUUUGACUGGAGACUCUGUGGGACUCAUGGGACGAUGUAUGGAAAAGGAAGCUACUUUGCCAGAGAUGCCAGCUAUUCCCACGAGUACUGUUCCUCUCACAGUGGGCGCUACAGAAUGUUUGUAGCCCAGGUUCUUGUUGGAGACUUUGUGCAGGGGAAUCCUGAGUACUGCCGCCCUCCACCCAGAGCCAAAAAUUCAAACAGACUUUAUGACAGCUGCGUGGAUGACCCGACAGACCCUUCCAUCUUUGUCAUCUUUGAGAAGCAACAAAUUUACCCUGCCUAUAUCUUGGAGUACAGCACUGAGACCAGCUGUGUGGUCCUGUAAUGAAUGGUGGAAUGUCCUUUGAAUUCACACUGAAUAAAUUACUCUUCAGUACUUUUUUUUUUUUAAUGU